AUGACACUCGUCAAUGCUUUCGACGUCAACAAGACAGUGGCAGCAGCCAUUCUCCUGCUGGCCAUUGUCCCCGGCAUAUGUUUAGUGAACAUUAUAAAGCACUACUGCGAUCCGUUACGAAGCAUUCCUGGCCCAUUCUGGGCAAAGUUUACUCGACUAUGGUAUCUACGUGAGAUGCUUACUGGCAAAUCUCGUGAGACAAUUGUGAAACUUCAUGAAAAUUAUGGCUCUGUGGUGCGAAUUGCGCCAAACGAAUUCAGCAUUUCCGACAUGGAUAUCAUGAGAGAGGUUUACGGUCCUCGGACCACAUUUGAGAAGUCUGAAGCAUAUGCGCCCUUCACCAACCCAGGUGGGGUCACACUGGUGUCGGAGCGAAACAACAAAGCCCACAGGGAACUACGUCGAAAGUUUCACUUCUCAUUUUCCUUUUCUCAAGUCAUCAAAAUGGAGUCUUUGAUCGAUGAAGGCCUUGACAUUCUUUCGAAAAAGUUCAAUGAACUGGCAGAGAACGGCAAAAAUUGUGACUUGCUACACUGGCUCAAGUUUUGGAGCAUGGAUAACAGCGCAUUGCUAAUCUUCGGAGAAAGCUUCGGAUGUGUUGAAAACGACGCCGAUAACAAUGGACUCUUGACACUUACUAGAGCAAGCACAUUUUACGCUAGUGUGGUGGGGAUUAUUCCGGAGUGGCAUAAAACUCUUUGGAGUCUUGUGCCGUCUUAUAUAUUGAGAGAGAAGGAGGUGCGCAAUUUCUCAGAGAAGCAAAUUGCCGAGAAGGAAGCAGCGAAAGAUUCCAAGGGAACAGCUUGCUUUUUGGACACCUGGUUUCGACAAAAGGAAGCCGACCGCAUGGACAAUACAGAAGUUCGCAUUGGAAUCGGAGGUGCUCUAGGCGGAACUGAGCUCACACCGUCCUUCGUGGCCCAAGCGAUAUUUCACGUCUACAGGGAACCUGCUGUUUUACAGCGCCUAAGAGAUGAGAUCGACCCAGAGAUGAAGCGCUCAGACACCGUUGAGCGUGGCAUCCUCUCCCACAAGGCUGUACAGACAAUGCCUUAUCUACAGGCUGUUCUCAAGGAGGUCUUGAGACUUUACCCAAUCGCCGCCAUUACAAUGCCUCGUGUGGUACCCAAAGGAGGUGCAAACCUUGCAGGCUAUCAUUUCCGCGCGGGACAAGUCAUUGGUGUCAAUGCGUGUGCAGCAUCUCGCAAGGAAGAAUAUUUUGGUCGUGACGCGGGAAGCUUUCGCCCCGAACGUUGGCUAGAUGAUCCAGAUGAAGCCAAAAAGGUUAACUACUACAGUUUGCCGUUCAGCAUGGGUGGAAGAGAGUGCAUUGGAAAGCACCUUGCCACUUUAAUGGUUCUGAAGGCACUGGCAUUGAUCUUCUAUUCCUAUGAAAUUGAGACUCCAGACAAAGACCUGGAGCUUUGGAACGAUAUUGUGGUUCAAGUGAAGAGCCUGACAGGCCGAAUCCGGCCAAGACAACUUUAG